ACGGGAAGUCGGAGGGGGAAAAUCAGCUGGAAUCCGCGGAAAUCCUCCACAGGACUAUUUUUCCUUUACUUAGCAAGCUAUCCAUCUGUCAACUUCCAUCCCUCCCUUCCUUCGUUUUGGCUGCCAAACCGGCACACUGGCGAUGUCGGAGUCUUACGAUUUCCUGUUUAAAUUCCUGGUGAUUGGGAACGCUGGAACAGGCAAAUCCUGUCUGCUGCACCAGUUCAUAGAGAAGAGAUUUAAGGAUGAAUCCAACCACACGAUUGGAGUAGAGUUUGGCUCUAAAAUCAUCAGUGUGGUCAACAAAAUGGUCAAACUGCAGAUUUGGGACACUGCAGGACAAGAAAGAUUCAGGUCUGUGACCAGGAGUUACUACAGAGGAGCAGCAGGAGCCCUGCUGGUCUACGAUAUCACCAGUCGAGAGACAUACAACGCUCUGACCACAUGGCUGAGUGAUGCCAGGAUGCUGGCCAGUCAAAACAUUGUCAUCAUUCUGUGUGGGAACAAGAAGGACCUGGACGCUGACAGAGAGGUCACGUUUCUGGAGGCUUCACGCUUCGCUCAGGAAAACGAACUGAUGUUCCUGGAGACCAGCGCUCUAACAGGGGAGAACGUCGAAGAGGCCUUCGUCCAGUGCGCUCGGAAAAUCCUCAACAAGAUCGAGUCAGGGGAACUGGAUCCAGAGAGGAUGGGCUCAGGUAUCCAAUAUGGCGACGCAGCGCUACGACAGCUUCGUUCUCCUCGCCGUGCUCAGCCGCAGGGCACCCAGGAGUGCGGCUGCUAGUGGACGCGUCCUGUAACAUACAGAGACGAGACAGGUUUGUGAAGAGCAGGAGAAGAACAGCCACGGGAGACCCGACCACGUUGGGUUCUGGUUGCUAUGCUGGUGACUCCUCCCUGACCUUCGACCUUUGCACGGACCCUUCAGAACCUUCGUUGUCAUGGCUGCGCCUGCAGAGAACUGAACAGACUUCCCAGCCACGCCCCCUCUCAGAACUCUGAAGAUCUCCAAGGUAACCAGAGACCGCCCACCCUCCAACAGUCUGCUCCCCUAUUGGACCAAACUCUCCCCAGUCCUCCAGCCAGGAUGUGAAUUACUGACAGCUUCUCCUACCUUUCUACUUCACACCUGCCUACGCAGCUUAUCACAGUUUUGUUUUCCUACUGGUUCCAGUCCAACUCCUCGCUGCUCUGUCUAAAGCAGGAGUCCACAGUUUGAGAGAUUUGCUUUCUUUUUCGUGUGUUUCAACUAAACAAGAUAGAUAUAACAGCUUAUUUACACCCUUCUCAGACAUGCAAUAUGUAACAUUACUGACUUCAUCAAUCUGUUAAAGUAGCUGUAUUCUGUUGUUCAGACAAAGGCCACUGUAACGUUAAUGCUCCUCACUGCUUCAUUCAGAGAUAACAGUGCUGAAUACAGCCACCGUACACACACGAUACUUGCCGUACGUACAAGAUCAGACAGUCAGCAUGUCAACGUGUUGUGCAUUCCCAUCUAUUAAUGUGACAGCUGAGAGUGACACGUACAGGCUGCUAGGUCUGACCUAGUGAGAUCGCCAUCACAACUGUUACAGAAAAUUAACCAGUGUGCUCAUUCAGACAUGAAGCCAACACUUUCAGAUGCAUCAGAUUAAUAGAAAGAAGUGCAUGUCUGGCUUCAGUUAGCUUUUAAAGAUGUUUUCAUUUAAAGGUGGAUUUUUGGAGCGAACCUGAUGAGCGUUAAUGCUAAGCUAAGCUAACUUCAGCUUGACAUACUAAUGGCAAGGUAUCAAUUUUGUCAUCUAACUCUGAGCGAGAAGAACUGUCUGACUCCUCCUCUAUCCACAUAACCCUGCCCGUUUUAUUGUACUUCCCUUCCUCUAUCUACCUGCUCUGUUUACCUUUUAACCUCCUGCCUGCCUGUUUUAAACACACUAACAGUUCACAGACCAACUGUACAUUUUGCACUCCCUGAUCGCUUGCUUUCUCCUUAAACACGUUCUCUCUGAGCAAAGUUGCUUCCUGGAAAUGCAGCCACCAAAUGACACGUUAUCAGUUUACCUGCUGUACCCUCCUGCCCUCGGCCCCUACCUUUCUUGCAUUGUUUACAUCCCCCCUUCGUCCCUCUCUGUCCUCCGGUCCCCCCUGCAGCAUCGUAUACACUGUACAGUGUUUUUCUGUAUAUAGAGACUGACGCAUGUUUUCUCAAACAGAAUAUCAGAGUAUUUCAUUAUGAAGAUAUAUUAUAUGUAUAUUAAAGUAGAUAUCAUAUUCAGCAUCUGUUUCAUGCUCCACUGUAUUAUUAUCAUGUUACGCUACAAUACACUGGCAACUUGUGAGCAGUACAGAUGGGCAGUACUGUUUUCAGCAAUGACGUGUAUCGUUGAUGUGGAUUUUUCUAAUCAUUAUGAGGACAAACAUUCAUUUGUGUGAAAUGCCAUUUUUUGGAUUCACAGUGACAGGUUCAGGAUUCACCACUGAGUUACAUCGUAGUGUAACGCACAUCUUUAUUGAAAAGAUUCCAUUGAUGACAAAUGACUGAUUUCUCACUUCUAAAUGUUGCCUGUUUACAUGAGACUGACUGACUGCUGCCAGCUGUGGGGUAAUACUAACUAAAUGCAUUUCAAGUUUUAGCAUCGAUAUAAAACUAUCUGUUGUGUGCUUUAAUUUAUUUUUGUCUCCUCUUCAGCCACAUUUAACACUAGUCAAAGAACUUAAUUUGGGAUUUUGUUUUUUCCAGAUUUUGAUCCAGAGGCAUGUUUUUUGUUGCAUUCAAGCAUCGCAACGAGUCAUUUUAUGCUUUUAACAUUUUUUUUUUAUUCCUCAAAAAUGACAUAUUUCAAUUAGGCACACUUCAAACGGUAGAAAUAUUUCACAUGAAAAUAUCCUCAAGUGUUUGAUAUCUGAUGGUGGCUUUGGCUGCUCCACAUCAGGUUCUUGUCUUGUGUUUAUCUCAUCAGGUCCUUUUGUUCUACAUGUAUGUAUGUCCAUUUCUCUCUUGUCAUUAUGAAUAUCAUAGAUUUUUAAUUUAUUGUGUAUGAUAAAAUGCAUAUGUUUUUAAAAUAAAAAACUACUGCAAAUCCA